AACUUUCAUGUUAAUAUUCAACAAAUCAACAUGCUGCACGUUUAAAAAAUUUGUUUUUUGCAAGCUCGAGCGACUCAAUUAUUUUUCAGAAUUUAGAAUUUUAUUAAGAAUAAAGAUAUAGCAAUAAUAAAUAAAAAACGUUUUUUUUUUUUUUUAAUUGGUCACAAAUCUGUCAUUGAAUUGCUUCAUGUCGAUUCAAGUUGGAUCUGUUGUACCCAGUUUUUUUUUUUGUUAAAAGAGAGAAAAACUUACUAUUAUUAGUCAUUUUUAUUGAAAGUCAUGAGUGCUUCUCAACAAAAUAGUGAAAAUGGAGAUUCCGGAAAAAAAGUUUUAUCUAAAGGUGUGGAAGACAAUAUUUUACAAAAUAAUUCUUUCGAUAUAAGUAGCUCAGUUUUAACUAAUAAUCAACCAAUUCCCAAAGAUGUUGUUCUUAUGGGUGGUCAUUUAGAUACGCUUGUAGUUGCUUGCGAAUUAGCUCGUCGCGGUUUGAAUGUAAUCGUUUUAGAUGACGAGAUGGAAGAUGGUCCUAAUGAGCACCCGAGUGAUAUGGUGGUUUUAAAUAGCCGAAGUUUAGAAGUUUUGUCCAAUUUAGAUAGCUCCAACUCUUUUGUGUCACAAGGCAUCAUUUUAAGGGGUGUUCUUUUAAGAAGAUCUUCAAAAGAGAAUUUCGAAGAUUUAUCUUUAUGGAAUGCUGAAAGUGCAUUUGCUUAUCCCGUUUUGUUUUCUUAUACUGAUUUAAAAAAAAAUUUAACGCAACUUUUUUUAAAAUUUCACGGAGAAAUACAUUAUAAUGUGAAACCAUUAAAAAUUAAAAUUUCACGUCACUCAAUUUUGGACUCCUUUAAUAAACAUAAUAAUCAAUCGGAUCAAUCUUCCACAAGUUCUUAUGAAUCGGAAACAUUUCCUCCAUAUUCUUCUUCUUUACAUCUGUUACCUAAAAAAUCCCCUAUAGAAAAAUUACAAACAUUGCUUUAUGAACCAACCAAUCCAUCAACAUUGAUGGAAGCAGAUAAUUUAUGUAUUGUUCAAGUUCAACAAUCUGUUACCAAAUCUGUUUUAACUUGCACAAGUCGUUAUAUUAUAGGAGGUGAUGGAAACAAUUCACUUGUUCGCAAAGCUUUAGGUUUAAUGGCUAAGCCUUACGGACCCCAUAUAUGCUAUCAUAUUGUUCGUAUUUUAGCUAAAUUUCCUCAAGAUUUAGUUUACGAUCGGGUGAAGGUCGUGGCUCUUAAUCAAUCAUUAAUUCUUUUGUUUCCCUGUAAAUGGAAAAAACGAGGAGUUUGUUUUCAGCUUAUUAAAAUAACAUUAUUACAAAUGGAUCAUACACGUAAUUCUUUUUUCUCACCAAAACCAUUAACAGCAUCUGAAAUUCAAAAUUAUUUAACACAAAUUUGCUCACUUGUUUUAUUGAAAGCCAUUAUCUAUCAAAAAACGAUAACAUACCAAAGUACAAUAACAGAACGAGUGUAUUGUUCGUACGGUUUUUUGAUUGGUCAAGCAGCUCAUGAUCAUCCACCUUUUUUCAUGAAUCAUGUGAAUACUGGUAUUCAUGAUGCUUCCAAUUUAGGAUGGAGAAUAGCGAAUGUUUUGCGAGGAGCCUCUUCAAUUUCUUUUAAAGAAUAUGAAAAGGAAACGCAACUUAUGGCUAUGUAUCUUGUUGAAACAUGUCUUCACUUAGUUGGUUUAUUUUUGAAAAAAGCUUCCUUUUCUUAUAAUGUAUCUCUUUGUGUUGCAUCUCUCUUUUCCUUUUCUAUUCCUAGCACCCUACCAAAUCAGCUUUUAUAUAAUAUCAAACGUUCCGUGGAGACUUUUCCAUUUUUUUCUUUUAAUAAAAACAAUCAUUUUUUAACAUCUUCCGGUACCGCCCCGGGUUCACUUCUGCAUACAUCAACAGUGAUCACUUUACCUAUGAAUCAAAAUCGAAAAAGGAAUUGUAACCUUGUGCCUAAGUUGUUUUUUCAUGUGACUCGAGGAGUGACUUAUACCUGCGUUUUAGCUAUUCGCGUGCUUCCGCUUGGAAAGAAAACCUUUACAAUUCUUCAAUGUGAAAGGAAAAAGCAUACCAUUCAUUGGAAUCAUGCUUGUUUGGUUCGUUUAAUACGCCUCCUUCGAAUGUUUUCGACAUUUUUUAAUUCGAAUACUCUACUUCCAUAUUAUGAUAUUAAAUUUGUUUGGGUUAUUUGCGGACUGGUGGAUAUCAAGCGUUUAACUACCGAUUAUCCUUUGGAAGAGAUUUACAAUUGUAUACCGCAUCAAUUGUUGCAUUUAAUUAAAUCAACUCGAAAAUAUUCAAGAGAUAUGAUUUUAGCUGUGGAUUAUAAAAAUGAAUUUUAUUCGACCUUACAGUUAUCUUUGUGUCAACCCUACGAUUCCCAAGGUUCAACAAAGUCGGGAGCUUUUUUAUUAUUACGUCCAGAUACAUGUGUUUCUUGUAACGGGUAUGCGGGAGAUUCCAAAGCAUUAAACGCUGCUCUUGAAUAUUGCUUACUUUACUGCCCUCAUUAAAUGUCUUAACAAAAUGUAUAAGUGUCUCAGUUGUUUUUUUUUGCAAUUGGUUGAAUUUUUUUGAGAAAAAGUUCUUCUCGAACCAAAAUUUAACCGUGAUAGAACAUCAAGCGUGCGUCACGCUGAAGGGCAUAAACCACAACAAAACUGUUAUAGAUUUUU